AUGGCUACGGAAACUUUGAUCCCAAAGGAAGAAGAAAAGGAGGAAAAGUUGUCAAAUCUUCCGGUGAAAAAGGUAAUUAUGACAAACUUUAUUUAUGCUACAGUAUCUUGCAGCUAGACCCAGAGGCAUAUCUCCUCCACGCCGCUUUGAAUGGAGUCUCAAAAUACGCGACUUCCAGAGCCAAGAGAACCAUCAUUACUCCCAGCGAUGAGCCGCUUUUAAAUUUAAGCGCAACAAAAGCUGCAGCAGAUAUUCGGAAUGGGAAGGUUAGCUCGAAUCAUCAAUUUUUGCAUUCAAAAUCAAUUUUAGAUAAAAAGUUUGGACCUGAUUCAAGCCUACUUCAAACGAAUCAAAGAUAUUAAUCCUUUCAUCAACGCUGCAACUGAACUUUUUGAAGCCGAAGCCGUUGAAUUGGCUAAAGAGGCCGAUGAAUUGGUCGAGAAAACCAAGGGAAAGAAGGAUAAAAUUGAACAAGUAUGGCCAAUUAGAUGUACAGAAUCAUUUAAAAAAAAUUUGUUUCAGUUGAAGAAGGAGAAACCCCUCCUUGGAAUCCCUGUUUCGUUGAAGCACAAUUUGAAUUACAAAGGCCAUAGGAACAUCUGUGGGUUGCUCCAUUUGAGAAGUUCUCCGUUGGCCAAAAGUAAUGCAACUUGCGUUGAAAGGUGGGUCUUUUAAUUGGUCUCCUCAUUUAAUACACUAUCUCGAAAGGAGGCGGUCUCUUGGUUGAAUAUCAGGCGGAGAAGUUAGCUAUAAUGCAACGCAAAAAGCAACCUUUGACAUAUACUCAGAAACCAAUCUUCUUCUUGAACUUUGAUUUGUGUUUAAUAUACUACUAUACUCCGCCGAUUUAAUUUGGACCAGUCUGAAACUUGAAAACGGUUAUAGAUAUGAACUCCGUUCCUUCAACAAGUUUGAUAACCAGUCGACUCUAUGUUCAACUGUAGCAAAAUAUUUCCUCUGCCUUGAGGCACAAGAAAAAUAUUCCGAUUUUUUAAUUUUGGCCGUCGAAAAAGUUUGGACCAGGGCAACAAAAAUUUGCAUUUCUUUAAAACUACUUGGGGUGAAACCAUUAUAACUUGUGAAAACAAUUGUGAUUCCCUGCUGGUUCUAACGAGCAGGGAAUUCCGAGAUCAGCGCUGUGUUAAAGGCCCUGAGGGCAGUUUUUAAGAAAAUUUCCAAAAUUCCAGAAAUUUUUCGCCCUAGCGCUUGAGUAAGAAGCGUAAAUCGUCUUAAAAGUUUUCGAAAGUGAAAAAAGAUGUUCCUAUAUGUAUAUUAUACGUUUAUUCCGCUAUGAGGUGCUUGCCAGACCUGAUAGAACUCAAUUUGAUGCACAUUAAAUUGUUUUUUCUCAACAUGUUUCGACUGGGCCAACGAAAACUUUUUUAUCAAAGUGUUCGGUCUAUUGUGCAUUUGUCGCGUGUAAAUUGGAUAUUGUUUUGACACAGAAGGAAAGUGUGGCAUGCCCCUCAUAUGUCCCAAGCAAAACACUGUAUGAUUUAGCAGUUGUUUGAGCGCGGUGGCCUCACAAUUAUCGCCAACCCAAGUUUCAAAGUCGCAAAUCCUCCAAGAACAAAAAAUUUUAGAUGUAAAACUAUUUUAUAACGUCAUCCAAUUAGAUGUACACUAUACUGUGGUUGCACAGAAACUAAUUUAAGACGAUUUACGCUUCUUACUCAAGCGCCAGGGCGAAAAAUUUCUGGAAUUUUGGGAAUUUUCUUAAAAAUUGCCCUCAGGGCCUUAAACACAACGCUAAUCUCGGAAUUCCCUGCUCGUUAGAAUCAGCAGGGAAUCACAAUUAUUUUCACAAGUUAUCAUGGUUUCACCCCACCUAGUGAUAAAGAAAUGCAUUUUUUUUUUUUUUGUUGCCCUGGUCCAAACUUUUUCGACAGAAAAAAUUAAAAAAUCCGAAUAUUUUUCUUGUGCCUCAAGGCAGAGGAAAUAUUUUGCUACAGUUGAACAUAGAGUCGACUGGUAAUCAAACUUGUUGAAGGAAUGGAGUUCAUAUCUAUAACCGUUUUCAAGUUUCAGACUGGUCCAAAUUAAAUCGGCGGAGUAUAUGUACAUGUUUUGAAAAGUUUAAAAAGUAGAAAUUUUGCUUCUAUAGAAGCCGUCAAUAGGGAUUUUUCGACUAUGUAUCACGGUACUUUACAAAAAUUUUAGCGAACAGCCAAUUGACGUAUUUUACCAUUUCAGAGUUCUUCAAGCCGGCGGAAUCCCCAUAUGCUACACCAAUGUUCCCCCUGGCUGUUUGUCUCUAGAAUCUGACAAUGCUGUCUUUGGCCGGACACUUAGUCCGCAUGACUCCCGAACAACUUGUGGUGGUUCUUCUGGAGGUGAAGCCGCCUUAAUCGCUGCUCAGGGGUCUUUAAUCGGAAUUGGCAGUGAUUUGGGAGGAUCUAUUCGAAUCCCGAGUAUCUUAUGUGGCAUUUACGGCUUGAAACCUGGCCCAACUGGAUGCCCGCUGGACGGGUUUGUACCGCCAUUGGCUUUCCCUCCGGAAAAAAGAGGAAUGUGUGUGGUUGGGCCGAUGGUGAGAUAUGCGGAGGAUCUGGGACUGCUUCAUAAUGUAAGCCAUGUAAUAAAGAGGAUAAUCUAGCUAUUGUUCCUCAAGCUCAGCGAAGUAAAAAACGUGCGGAAACUCUCGUAGUAAUUCGUAAAUUCUCGCAUCAAGAAGCAUCAAGUUUCAUUUACUAGAACUUUCUGAAAAUGAACAUUCACAACUUCCCGAUUAGUCGAGGCUAAGCAAUACAUUUUCAGGUCCUGGCUUCAACUCCAAUUCCUUUCAAUAUUGGGGCUUUGCAACCCAGCAAAAUCUACAGCUGUGCCCCAGAGGCACUACCGCUUGUAAGAUUGAAUCGAGAAGUUCGUCAUGUUUGGGAAGACGUCCGCAAUUAUCUUACAGGCACGUAUCAUCUUUCCAACAACGAAUUCAAACUUGGGAAGACGCUACCAGAGUUCAUGGUGAUGCUCAGUGCCAUGGCCUUCCAAGAAUUCGAUAUGAACGAGUUUCUGUCCCCGGUAAAUUACUUUUACAUGGAGUUUGACCUGUUCCGGUCGAGAAAAUCAAUUGAAAGGCUUGCUUGCAGGGAGAACAUAUCACUGUUCUAAAGGAGUUCGUCAAGCUGUUGACCAGAUCUUCUCCGCUCUCCUUUGGCGCUCUUUCCUCAUAUCACGCCUUCACCAAGAAAUUGCCGCAACAUGUAAUAAAUGAAGCGUUGAAACAGGUUCAAGUUUUGAGGAAACGAAUUGGAAAAUUGUUGGAAGGUAAGGACUGUGGAUAACACUUUCUAAGUUCGGUUGAAAAAAUGAUGAUACUGUUCUAAGCGAUCACCCAACUUUCAGACAACGCCAUUCUCUUGUUCCCUGCCCUCCCCGAAACCCAUUAUUUCCAUGCCGCCGCUUUCCCCACCGUCUGUGCUUAUACAUCUCCAUUCAACGUCCUCGGUCUCCCUUGUUUGGCCGUGCCCUGUGGCCGAGAUAGGCUGGGAUAUCCACUUGCCGUCCAGCUGGUUGGAGGAGUUGGAUCUGAGAAUUUACUAUGCGCUGUAGCCGAAAAAAUCGAGGAAAAGUUCGAAGGAUGGGUGAAGCCACAUGGAGUAGCUGUUGAAGAGUAA